CUCGAGCUUAACUCAAACUCAUCAUCAAUCAUCAAUCUCCACAUAUACAAACCAAAAUGGGAAUUAGACUCAGUUCAGUACUGUUAGUUCUGGUUAUAAUAACCUUGAUCGGUGUUGCAUUCGCCGAGCAAUGUGGCCGGCAAGCCGGCGGCAAGCUUUGCCCUAGCAACCAGUGUUGCAGCCAAUACGGAUGGUGUGGGACGACCGAUGAAUAUUGUUCUCCGGCCAAAGGUUGCCAGAGUAAUUGCAAAGGUGACAGCGGCGGUCAAAGUGCUUCGAAUGUUCGUGCGACGUACCAUUUGUAUAAUCCGCAGAACAUUGGGUGGGAUUUGAAUGCAGCGAGUGCUUAUUGUUCAACUUGGGAUGCUAAUAAACCUUUUUCAUGGCGGAGUAAGUAUGGCUGGACAGCGUUUUGUGGCCCUGCCGGACCUCGCGGCCAAGCCUCCUGCGGCAAGUGCUUAAGGGUAACAAAUUCUGGGACCGGAACUAAAACAACGGUGAGGAUUGUGGAUCAAUGCAGUAAUGGAGGAUUAGAUUUGGAUGUGAAUGUGUUUAAUCAAUUGGACACAGAUGGUCGAGGGUAUCAACAAGGUCAUCUUAUAGUGAACUACCAGUUUGUUAACUGUGGAGACUCAUUCAAUCCUCUGCUUUCAAUUAUUGAUGAGUAGUCAUUAAAUACACAAUUUUAUUUAUGUAUAAGUAAGUAUGUUAUGAAAAAUAAAAUUCUCAAGCUAAUU